AGUCUCGUCACCCGGUUUGGCUCUUGAAUCCCGACUUGCAACUUCUCCUCGCCAUCGUCGCCGCAUCGAUUCUCGCCCAAAAUGGAUUUCAACGACUUGAAGAACACCGUGUCGAACCUGACCUUGUAUGAUCUCAAGGCCGGGUUUCGGAAGGCGCAAAAUGCCGUCAUGAACUACACGGAGAUGGAGGCAAAGGUGCGAGAGGCAACAAACAACGAGCCCUGGGGAGCUUCGUCGACCCUGAUGCAGGAGAUUGCCAAUGGCACAUUCAACUACCAACAGCUUAAUGAGAUUAUGCCCAUGAUCUACCGGCGAUUCACGGAAAAGGCCGCCGAGGAGUGGCGCCAAAUCUACAAGAGUCUGCAGCUGCUCGAGUUCCUCAUCAAGCAUGGGUCGGAGCGCGUCAUUGACGAUGCGCGUGGACACAUUACUCUCCUGAAGAUGCUGCGUCAGUUUCACUUCAUUGACCAGAAUGGAAAGGACCAAGGCAUCAACGUUCGAAACCGAGCCAAGGAACUCGCCGAGCUCUUGGGCGACGUGGAUCGCAUCCGCUCAGAGCGCAAAAAGGCCCGAGUAACGAAGAACAAGUAUACCGGCGUGGAGGGAGGCAUGGGCGGCGGUUUCUCAAGCGGCGGCUUCUCAAGCGGCAGCAGCGGUCGCUUUGGCGGCUUCGGCAACGAGUCCAGCUAUGGCGGGGGUGGCGGCGGCCCUACAGAAUACGGAGGCUAUUCCGGCGGCGUAUAUGGCGAUGGCGGCGGCUUCGGUGGCCAGGCAAGCGACUUCCGCGAUACCCAGAACCGGUCAGAGAGAUUCGAGGAGUACGAUGAGUUUGACGAGGGCGAGCGGCCCGCCGCCAGCUCUCGGCCCCCACGGGCUUCAGAGCGCUCCCCGGCCAAGAAAGCAACAGCGCCGCCUCCCAAGCAGAAGGAGCCUGAGGUCGACCUCUUCUCAUUUGAUGAGCCUGCUCAGGCUGCUCCUGUAGCCGCACCAAGCAGCUCUGGCUUUGGCAACUUUACCAGCGCCAACACGGCCGCCAACGACGACGAUGAUGAGUUUGACGACUUCCAAUCGGCGGCACCGGCAGCAGCACCCUCAGCGCCAGCGGCCCAGCCUCUAUCGCCAAUCUCAGCGGGCUUCUCGCAGCCUCUCUCCCCCACCUCACCCAACUACUCCAGCACUCAAUUCGCUGCCCCCAAGCCGCUGUCGGCUCCUCAGCAGGCCGGCAUCAGCCAGAUGGUCAACAUCGCUUCCAUCUCCCCAGCCAGCAGCACCAACCCGACGCCUGCUGCUGCCUCGGCGUUCAGUGCGCCAAUGCAGCCCGCCAAGUCCACUGGCUACCAGCCCACAGGACCAAACUACUUUGGCACUGUCCAGGCUCAGGCGACAGGGGGUUCAGUCUCAUCCAUGACGCCGACUUCCGGUCUGCAGCCCGCCAGCAAGUCCAACGGCAAAGCUGCUGCUGCUGGCGGCGGCGACGCCUUUGGUGCUCUCUGGGGCAAGGCCAGUGUCGGCAUCAAAAAGCCCAGCACUCCCACGGCCGGCCCAGCGCUGGGCCAAUUGGCCAAGGAGAAGAGCAGUGCCGGCAUCUGGGGAGCGCCUGCACCUGCGGCUCCACAAGGGGGCUCUGGCUCCGCCUCUGGAGAUUUACUUGGAUAAGGAGAUCCAUUAAAGUAGAGAGGCAGAGAGAGAGUGUGUGUGUGUGUAUGUGUGUGUAGGUGUGGUUGCGUUGGGCAAAGAUGAUAGGAAGGGGUCUAAAAUAAUAACUGUAGUGGCUGGAACAUCUGUAUCAAAAAGUACAUAUAGGGUUCAAGGCCAUAAAAUGCGAGCGAUGAGGAUGCAGCAUUUUGCCAUGUUGGGAUCUUAGAUAGGCGUUAAGGGCGCGCAUGUUGAUGAAUUCACGAAGAAACACCGGGUGGAAGCAACCAAAUAGGGGGAAUCCCAGCCGUGAAUGCCAAAGAACACACACACAAAUAGUACACCGACGUAAAAACUAA